CGGCUGAGGCGGCUGAGGUGGCGACGGAGGAAACAAGAUGGCAGAUUUUUUGAAAGGAUUACCUGUCUACAACAAAAGCAAUUUUAGUCGAUUUCAUGCCGACUCCGUGUGCAAAGCUUCGAAUCGACGUCCCUCCGUCUACCUGCCUACUCGGGAGUACCCAUCAGAACAGAUCAUUGUGACAGAAAAGACAAACAUCCUUCUGCGCUACCUACAUCAGCAAUGGGACAAAAAGAAUGCCGCCAAGAAGAGAGAGCAGGAGCAGGUGGAGCUGGAGGGCGAGAGCUCGGCACCGCCCCGCAAGGUGGCACGGACCGACAGCCCCGACAUGCACGAGGACACUUAAGACUCGCGAUCCCCCACAGGCGCCUCCUGUUGUGUCUGCUCCUUGGUCGCCCGCCCACCGUGUGUAAGCGCCCUGCCCGCCCGCCUUCCCCGCC